AUGGUGACAAGCCAACCUCAGGCUAAAUCUAGGAGGGACAGAGACAAAGAAAGGAAGGACAAGACCCAAGUUCAAGUGUCCGCUCCUGGUGACCGACUGAAGACUAUUGUCCGAAGAUUACCUCCAAACCUUCCUGAGGAUAUUUUCUGGCAAAGCGUGCAGGCGUGGGUUACGGAAGAUACUGUGACCUGGAAAGUAUACUACCUGGGCAAAGCGAGCAAGCGCUUAAAUAAAGAGAACGUGCCAUCACGGGCGUAUAUUGCGUUCAAGGACGAGGAGACGCUUAUGACUUUCAGUCGCGAGUACGACGGUCAUAUAUUCCGGGAUAAAUCAGGCAACGAAUUUCAAGCAGUAGUUGAAUUUGCGCCGUACCAGAAAGUUCCUUCGGAUAGAAAGAAAGUCGAUGCAAGGCUUGGAACGAUUGAGAAAGAUGAGGACUAUAUAUCAUUUAUCGAGGCCCUCGAAGCCUCAAAAAAGGCCGAACCUGUCUCUCUAGAAGCCCUAAUUGCAUCGACACAACCAGCACCUAUGCCUACAACAACGCCCCUGCUGGAGGCCCUCAAAGCAGAGAAGUCAGCGGCCAAAGAUAGGGAGGCCAUCCUACGCAAUCACGCCCACUACAAAGAGAUUGCCUCGAGGAAAGAAGACGCGAAGAAAAAGGCUGCUGCGAGUCAAGCCGCCCGGCAAGAUCCUCCCCACUUGGCUUCUGAGACCUCUAGUGGCAAGCGAGGGAAAAAAGGCGGUGCCCCUCCGCUAAAGCAAGGACCCCCGCUCACGAACGCGCAGCCGGUGAAGCCGCCUCAGAUUCAGACCAAACCCCCUCCAAAUACUUCUCCCGCUAAGCCACCUAAGGCAUUCAGGAGCCGUGGUAAGCAACAAGCUCCAGUUGAAAGCAACUCCUCGACAUCUACUCCUGCGUCGCAAAGCACCAACAACGAGGUAUCGAAAGUUCCAACGGCUGGACCGUCUCAACCGCAGGCAGCUACUACAUCCGCCCAGCCACCAACUGCACCUCGCAGAAUGAGACUCGGUUUGGCUUCGAGACAAUUUGAAGCUGCCCUCAGCGGCGUCGGCGUCAGUCGUAGGCGCGAUAGAGAAGACAAAGCCGAUUCCCCUGCCGGAGAAGGUCCCAGAGAUGGCGUUUCGGAUGGCGCGCAAACCCCCAUACAAGCGGCAAUCCCUUUGUCACCCCGCAGUCCCAAACGCGAGCGCCGGCGCAAGGAAGAUGGCGCUUCGGCGGGUGGCGGCGGCCCCAAUGGGGCGGGGGUCCCGGGGAUACUGCAACGUAUCGAUGCCCCUCAAGCGCAAGGGAAUAUAAAUGCCAGAAUCGAUGCUGCUCCACCUCCUCCUAAUUUCGGGCCUCCUGCUAGAGGUGGCGCGCCAAGGGGCAGAGGCAGAGGACGAGGAAGGGGCGGUUCUGUCCGUGGAAGCGGUUGA